UACUACACCCGGCAGAUCCACGAGUCGUUAGAAACACAGGUUGAUUCCAAGGAAACGGUUUAAUCUAGCAUCAAUACCAGCGUUUACUGAGAAGCUAUAUAAUUACAUCAUCAUCAUUAUUCCGUUUUUGUGCACUUAAGAAGGGUGUACGCGAUUUUAUCCUAAAAUCCUCCGGAACGACAUGGCAAAAGGAGAGGGCGCAGAUCAGUUCUCUAAUGCGAGUCUCCUACAAAAACCCAGCACAGAUGAUGGGAUCAAACUAGCAACAAAGCAUGAGCCAAAGAAUCGUCUGUCAGUGUGCAACAAGUUGUGCUACGCCAUUGGAGGAGCUCCGUACCAGAUAACAGGAUGUGCAAUUGGCUUUUUCCUCCAGAUCUAUCUACUGGAUGUUGCUUUGUUGGAUCCAUUUUAUGCCUCCAUCAUCCUGUUUGUGGGUCGAGCAUGGGAUGCCAUCACAGACCCCACGGUGGGCUUUCUGGUGAGCCGAAGCCCCUGGACCAGAUUUGGACGAAUGAUGCCCUGGAUUGUGGCGUCCACCCCGUUCGCCGUGCUAUGCUAUUUCCUCAUCUGGUACGUGCCCAUGGUUGACCAGGGCAAAGUUAUCUGGUACCUGAUCUUCUACUGUGGAUUCCAAACAUUACAAACAUGCUUCCACGUGCCGUACUCUGCCCUUACCAUGUUUAUCAGCUCCGAUCAGAAGGAGAGGGAUUCGGCCACAGCGUACCGAAUGACAGUGGAGGUUUUGGGUACGCUUAUCGGCACUGCGGUUCAAGGUCAGAUUGUGGGAAUGGCCAACGCUCCCUGCAUCCCUACCGGGGACCUCAACUCCACAGAUCUACAAGUGACUCCUAGUGUCGACCUCAACUCCACGAAUCUACUCGUGACUCCUAGUGUCAACAUCACCGAGCCUCAAGCUUCGCUGGGAGAUCUGAGAAAUGCCUAUUUGAUUGCAUCUGGUGUCAUCUGCUCCAUCUAUGUUCUCUGUGCCGUGGUGCUGUUCCUUGGUGUGAAAGAACAAAAAGAGACCUGCAGGGUAAGGUCCGAACCCAUGUCGUUUUUCCAGGGUAUCCGUAUGGUAAUGGGAUACGGUCCAUACGCCAAGCUGGUCAUGGGCUUCCUCUUUACCUCUCUGGCUUUUAUGCUCCUGGAGGGAAACUUUGCACUCUUCUGUAGCUACACCUUGGGUUUCAGAAAUGACUUUCAAAACAUCCUGCUUGUCAUUAUGCUCUCCGCCACACUUGCUAUCCCAUUCUGGCAGUGGUUCCUCACAAAAUUUGGCAAGAAAACGGCAGUGUAUGUUGGAACGACAUCUGUGGUACCUUUCCUGGUCUCAGUCGUCCUUGUGCCAAGCAAUCUUAUCGUGAUAUACAUUGUUUCCUUUGCUGCUGGAGUCAGUGUUGCUGCAGCCUUCUUACUACCCUGGUCCAUGCUUCCCGACGUGGUGGAUGACUUUAAAAUCCACAAUCCUGAUUCUCAAGGCCACGAAGCCAUCUUCUACUCAUUUUAUGUGUUCUUCACCAAGUUUGCUUCUGGAAUUUCUUUGGGAGUCUCGACCCUUAGUCUUGACUUUGCCGGCUAUGUGACAAGGGGUUGCACGCAACCUGCAGAGGUCGAUAUAACACUGAAGGUCCUGGUGUCGGCUGCUCCCGUAUUCUUCAUCAUUAUUGGGUUGAUUAUAUUCAUCAGCUAUCCUAUCAAUGAGGAAAAGAGACGGGGCAAUCGCAAAUUACUUGAAGAACAACGGGAAAAUGAGGUCGACUCCGAAACAGACUCCACAGAGCUCAAUGCGAUUUAAUAGCACUGGAAAAAAAACACUGCUAUUUGCCUUUGUUGGUCUGAAGUAAACGGCGUAGAGUUUUUGCUUGCUUUGAACCAACCAUGCGUGUUGCAUUGUGGCCAAAAAAUGUCCACUGGGCACCCUGAAAGACAGCCUUUAACAUCUUUAACAAGUAGUACAAAGUGCCUUGUCGUUUCCAGUGCUUAUGGACAGUAUUUUACACAACACUUAAAGUUGACUUGUCCGUUUUGUGCUGCUUGCUGGAUCUUUCAAUCCGGCCAUCUUUUGAUGAAAGCACGAAUUCUGAUCUGCACUAACUCAAUCUAGGGUGGGACACGUCUUUGAUGAAAGAAACUUGAAACUCUGAAAGGGUUUUUGAUAUGUAAAUACAAAAUGUAGUGUAUUUUGGUCAUUCUAUGGAAGGUACGUUUUGGGAGGAAUGUCUGUGUUGACUAUUUAAAUUAUUAUUUAUGAAUACCUGACUAUAUUCUCGAGCAAAUGUGAAACGGUGGGAGUCGAGAGUGUGGUUUGAUAACAUCAAAUAUUUUAUUCAUUACUCAUUUCCGGGUUACUCGUGAGGCAGGUUUUCUUCAGUGUACAUCAGUCUUUUUGCAGAUAUAUGUGUUUAUAAUGGGAUGCACUUGGGGAUAAACGUCCCAAAUUGAUAUUUCUCAAUCUACUCCGUAUCUGGACAUGUGUCAAAACUGUUGAUGGUAGAUGAGAUGGUAAGAAUGUGAAGCCAUCAGAUCUUAUUCAGUGUACGUGGGGUUAAACUGUAUGAUCGGUUGCUUCUGGUUUGAGGCGAACAAGAUUAUUUAAGUAUUUAUUACUUCCAUUUUAAAUCCAUGUUGGUUUGAAUACAUUUGAUUCUUCCAUCUUAGUUUAUCUUGUUUAAGGGCCUUUGUAAGAUUAAAUGAGGGCAGUUUGAAUAGAGCUGCAGAACAAUUACAUCUAAUAUAUCAUUAAUUCCUAUGGAAAGCCAAUUAUUUUGUUUACAAGUAAUGCUGCGUUUUAUGUUAGAUGUAAAGUUAACAUGAGCUUUGGUUUUUGUUUUGUUUGGUGUCACUGCCCUUUUUAGUGUCCAUAUGCAGUUGUCCCAAAGUGCUUCUGUAAGAUAUUUGUUUUAUUAUUGUACAGUUUUUGGCAGAUCUCUGCUUGCAACUUCUGUGUCAAAUAUUUGAAUACGGAGUGUUUUCCUAAAAUGUGUACAGUAUGUGCUGCUGUGAUAUAAAUGUACAUAGAUCAAAUAAAGGUAUGGAUAUUUUUCAUAUUCUUGAACUACUUGUAAAUACAUGUAUAUAUGAUGUACAUUAAAAUCUUGUCAGUGCAUAAUUUCGAUGUAUUGUCAUUUUAUAACUUGUGCAAAUUUUGCAUGGAUGAGUAUGUUGGUAUGUUGUUGUAAUUCUUAUUAACACAGGUUUCGGAAAAAAUCUACUGACGUCUGAUAUCGCCAAAUACAGUGUGUUUAUUUAACAGCUUUGCUAAUGAUGGUAAAUAAUUGAUUUGUUUUUUAGAUGGGAGGGAUUGUCCUUAUUGUUAUUUAAAAGAAGCUGUUCAAAUGUUUAAUAAACACUAAUUAUGGUUUAAAAGUC